AUGGCUGCGGGACCGCUCGUAAUCGAACUGGUGGCGGUGUUCGUUCUGACGUCAGUACUCCUUAAUAAAUACACAGGUUGGCAACGUCACCACCCUACAGUGAUUCUGUCGACUUUCAUCGGAUGGUGUUUCUCCUUCGUAAUUAUCUUUGUACUUCCGCUGGAUGUGGCCAUUACUUUAUACAAUAGGUGUGAAGUGGAGAAUGCUCGAUCGUUGAACUCCACUGAUGUCAUAUCCCGUCUUUGUGAAAAACCUGACGGCUAUGUUCCAAGUGCUGUGCUUCUGUGCUUGUGGAGAGUAGUGUAUUGGACGUCUCAGGUGCUUACAUGGAUCGUGCUUCCUUUUAUGCAGAGUUUCGUCAGUGCUGGAGAUUUCACUGUCUAUGGGAAAAUGCGUGCUGCGUUAUUCCAGAAUGCUGUUUAUUAUGGGAUUUACUUGCUUGCUUUUGCAAUUCUUCUUGUAUAUGCGAUUAUUAAAGGGUAUGGAUUCGUAGAACUUCCACGUGGAUUGUGGAAUAUGGGGAAUAGAGACUACCUUCUGAGGAAAACAUAUUUUAACAUCGAUAAAAUAUUUUCUGACAAAAACGAAGCAGAGGAAGCUAUAAAGGACGCUUAUAGGGAAGCCCGAACAGUUCUCAAUAUUUUGAAGAAUGAGCACGGUACUAGAGAGAAGGCACAGAUGAUCGUAUCGAGGUUUCCCGAAGAGAUUCGGCUUCAUAAAAGAGCAAUCUCUGCUGUACAAAACCACCACCGUACCACGGCUCAGUGGAGGUGGAAAGUUAUAAUGUUUUUAAUGUUUUUUCAAUGCUAUGGAUUUCAGCUUGUUUCCAUCGUACUCAUGUGUAUGACUGUUUUCAUCCUGAUAAGCGAGUGUACGUUCUUUAUUUAUUAUCAUUUGGAUCCAAAUCGUCAUACGGACGCGAAUAGCUUGUUGUUUAGUGCAAAGCUUCUGUGUCGUCUGACUCCACCAGUUUGUUUGAAUUUUCUUGGGAUGAUCCACCUCGACUCCCAUAUAACUAUGGCGAAAGGUUUUGGUGUUGAAACCCAGUUCACAAGGCUAAUGGGGCAUCUUGAUGUCAUACCAAUCUUGGCGAAAGGUAUCAACGUAUAUCUGCCCAUUUGCAUACUCAUAUUCUGUGCUGCAACAUACUUUAGGAUUGGAACCUACUUGCUGCACAAUUUGGGCUUCGACCAAUUUGUUGUGUCAGAUGGGUUCACGCAAGAAAUGGUAACUUCGGGACGAGCUCUGGUGCAAGUAGAACGCAAUUCGUUUAAUAGACAGAAGGAGCGACUUCGAAGAGAAGAAGAAUGGUCUGGGCGCUUGGGUAUGUAG